AUGUCAUCAAGUAAAGCAGAUCCUCGUCGUCCUGAUAAUGUUGUUCCCUUUCACCUUCCUCCUAGAAGCGAUGAAGAAGAAGAUUGGACCCAGAUGAUUGCCACUCUAGUUGCAAUGAGCGCCAUUUUGACCAGAAAUCGUUAUAAAAUUAUUCCUUGGAUUGCAGCUUACUUUGGCCUUACUGCUACUUUAAACACCAGAAAGACUUUAAAAGUAAAAGAUUCUAUAGCCAGUAGUGGUGCCAUGUAA